AUGGAGAGCACUGUUGACAGAAAGGUGAAGAAGGCUGCGACAGAGAGCAAGCUGGAGGUGGUUGCCUCAAAUGGCAAUGAACGUGCGGGCAUGAGUACAGAGGGGUUGUUUGGAGAGCUAAAAAGCAAAUGGGGCCUUCGUGGACGCAUCGCCUACACCCUGCUCUGCAACAACAUGUUCAUGCUGGAGUUUGAGCGCGAAGGAGACAGGCGCUUCGUCCUGGAGAACGGGCUAUGGACCCACCAAAAGGGUGCGUUCCUGAUCGUCCCGUUUGAUGGCCAAGCUUUGAUGGAUCUAUCGUUGAGCCCAUCGGUCUUGGCGUCUACAUCGUCUACGUCCGAGCUGCCGGACGGGGUAGUCCUAGUCCCCGCUCCCGAUCCGCUCGUCCACGUCGCCUUCAACCACCAUGGCACGCACUUCGUCGCGGCCACGGCCACCGGCUUCCACGUAUUCUCCUGCCACCCUCUCGACAGCGUCAUGCACCGGCGCAGCAGCGAGCUCAAUGUGACCUCCGCCCAGCUGCUCACGCGGUCGCAGCUGGCCCUCGCGACGCGGAGGCCCAACGCCGUCAGCGGCGCGGCCGACGACCACGUCAUUGACUUCUGGAAUGGCAUGUGCAAGCCCAAGGACGCCAGGACCAACACCGUCAGGAGCCCGUGCGGCGCCGUGGGCGGGUUCCGCCUGCGCGGGGACCACAUGCUCGUCGCCGGCGAGGGGACGGCCACGCUGUUCGACGGCGUCCACUGGGAGAAAGAGGUCCGCCGGCGCGGCAGGGCCGGCAGCGUCAGCGUGCGCGCGCACGGCUCGGGCGUGGCGUGCAUCGCGCUGUCCCCCGACGGACGGCUGCUCGCCACCGCCGGCACACGCGGCACGCUCCUGCGCAUCUUCAGCACCGCCGACGGCACCAAGCUGCAAGAGCUGAGGAGAGGCACCGAAGGAGCAGACAUCCACUGCAUCGCCUUCUCCCACGACUCCAAAUGGUUAGCGGUGUCCAGCGACAAGGCAACGGUGCACGUUUUCAGCAUCAAUGACUUCAACCUCACAAGCUCCACGCCGGAGGACGACUACGCCGGCGAUGACCUUCUGGCGGCACCAUCAGCACCAUCUUCUCCUGCACCAGCAAAAGCCAACAAGGGCUCAUCAGGCAUGUCAUUCUUGAAAGGCUACCUGCCGACGUAUUUCAGCUCGAAGUGGUCGUUUGCCCAGUUCCGGAUCCCUACCGCCUGGACCAAGUGCUCCGUGGCAUUCGACCGGAGACACCCCAACACCAUUACCAUUGUCUGCAUGGACAAAAGGUUCUACCGCUGCGAGUUCGACCCGGUGAAAGGAGGCGACAUGGUGCCGGGGGUGUACCACGAGAACUUCAUGGACCUGUGA